GGACGAGCACGUGAAAACUCGAGCGAGCAGUGUGUGUUUACUACUCCACAUCAGAUGAGGAGUAACACCUGAGCACACACACACACACACUCUCCACAUAACCCGGAUCAAUACAGCUGAUCAGCUGCGGGACUCGACAUGGACAACCCAAACCCAGACGACAACCCAGACCCCGAGCUAGAGGACACACUGCAGCUGCACGAGGACGAGGAGAUCGAGCUGGAGGACACACCGCAGAGCCCAGAUGCGCUGGCGGAUGAGCUGGAGGAUGUGUGUGUGGCUGAUGAUGAUGAUGAUGAUGGAUGGCAGACGGAGGACGAGCUGAUGGAGUCUGAACAGGACGACAGCGAACUCACCUUCACCAGACACACAGGCUCUGUGUUCUGCGUCAGGCUGGACCCACUGACCAACAGUCUGGCGAUGAGCGGUGGAGAAGAUGACCGAGCGUUCCUGUGGCGUGUGUGUGAUGGAGAGGUGCUGCUGGAGUGUACAGGUCAUAAGGACUCAGUGGUGUGUGUGGGGUUCAGCAGUGACUCUGCGCUGGCGGCGUCUGGAGAUAUGAGCGGUGUGAUCCGCGUGUGGAGCGUGGAGAAGCGGGAGGAGGUGUGGAGUGCCGAGGUUGGAGAUCUGGAGUGGCUGGAGUGGCACCCCUGUGCCCCGGUGCUGCUGGCUGGUGUGGCUGACGGGAGCGUCUGGAUGUGGAAACUGCCCAGCGGAGCCUGCAGAACCUUCCAGAGCCCCGGCUGCCAGACCACCUGCGGGAGGAUUCUGCCGGACGGCAAGCGAGCGAUCGUGGGCUAUGAGGACGGCAGUCUGCGGCUCUGGGACUUGAAGCAGGGCACUGCCAUCUACGUCAUUAAAGGCCAGGACGGGCACCGCGGCGCGCUGACAUGUGUGUCCAGCAACCAGGAGGGGGCGCUGCUGCUGUCGGGCUCAGUGGAUGGUCAGGCCAAACUCAUCAGCAGCAGCUCAGGGAAGGUGUUGUGCUCGUUCUCCAGUCAGACCAGUGAAGGCAGCGGCUCGGCGCAGGACUCCAACUCUGUAGAGUCUGUGGGCUUCUGUAAUGUGCUGCCUCUCGCUGCUGUGGCGUAUCUGGACGGCACACUGGCCAUCUAUGAUCUGAACACACACACUCUCAGACACCAGUGUAAACACGAGGUGGGAGUUGUGCAGCUGCAGUGGGAGGCGGAGUCUGCAGUGGUGUGCACCUGUAGUCUCUCAGGUGUGCUCAGCCUGUGGGAUGCUCGUUCAGGUGUGCUGGUGUCGGAGUUUCAUGGACACUCUGCGGAGAUCCUGGACUUCGUGCUGAACCGAGAGGCGUCUGUAGCCGUCACGGCCGGCGGAGACCAUAAAGCCAAAGUCUUCUGCCUGCAGAGGCCAGACCGAUAGGAGCUGCGUCCCCCGGUGGACCAGUGCGGCCCUGCGGCCUUCAUCACCUCUGAGCGCUGAUAUCUUAGUCUUCUCUGUAGGUCUGAGCGACUGCCUGCUCUUGUCUUUGGCUUUGACUGUAUCCAGGAGAGUUUGACUGAUCUGUUCUGGUUAUUUCUGUGAGGGUGAGUGUCAGCAGUAACCCUGGAGCUGUGCUGUGGAGAGGUCCGCUCUGCGUCUGUAAACCCACACACAGUUUCCCUCUGCGCCUCAGAUUCAGCUGCUCUCCUUCUGUUAGAGCUCUGAGCAUCAUCAGACUCCUCAUCCUGCUGUGUUUAAUGAUCAGACAACACAAACAUGCUGUCAGCCUUCCUUUUCCUCCACUGUAAAGAGGUAUUUCAGUGAUUAAACAUGCCAAAAGAUCUACUUUGAAUAAACACAAAGCUGAUAAUAAAG